GCUGCAAUAAAUGCUACCUGUGUGCUGUAGUUACCUGCAGAGCAAGUCGCUUUAGGACAGUUUGGGUACUGUAGCUGUGACCAGGCUGCACGCUUUAGCACACAGAAAUGGCUUGUGGAGUUCAUUUGGGGUUGUUGCUGAUUUGCUUAGUUCAAGCAAAGCAUGUACUGUGUUUGUGGGCUACACAAGAUCACAGACAGCACAGCGAUGUUGGCUUGGUGCAACAGGACAGUGGAGUUAGUAGCAGCUAUCCCCAGAAUCAACUCAGACAGGCUUUUCCUUUUCCACGCUCAGCCCAGAGCAGCAGCCGUAACGCAGGGCAUUUAGUUAGCAGUGAUUCUAGCAAGGGAAUUUCUGGAAGUGGCUACAUACAGCCUAGAAGUGGCCAUGCUGCCAUCAAGUAUCUGUCCAGCAGUGAUGCGUCUCUUCAGAAUCCUUCUCGGGAGGGCAAAGCCAACUUGGUGUCCCGGCCUUCAAAAGCACAGGCGGCUCCAUUUGCUCCCAAGUCUUCCAGCCUGUUUGACACUGACCUCACACCCCACAGAAGUCCUAUCAGGACGAAAACCUCAUCCAGUGUCGUAGCAAAAAGAGUGUCUCAACGUCCUGGCUCUAAACCCUUGAAACGUUUCUCAACUCGCAAAAACAAAGGUGAAAUGUCCAAACACAGUAUGAAGACACCUGAAAGUCAGCAAUAUGCCCCAACCAACACCUACACCAUCCCAGAUCAGUUUGGUGGCUUUUCUAUUAAACGGCUGAAAGACCUUGACUUGGCCCCACAGAGCUACGAGCCUCCCCAGCGCCAGGCUAUCCCCCAGGUCCAGAGCUACGAGCCUCCCCAGCGCCAGCGUCCGGCGGCCCCUCAGAGCUUUGUGGCUCCCAAGCGUCCGGCGGCCCCUCAGAGCUUUGUGGCUCCCCAGCAUCCGGCGGCCCCUCCAAGCUACGUGGCUCCUGAUAAACAGUCUGUAUCUUACACACCCUGGAUUCCGGGUGUUGAUCAGGUGACAUGGCUCCGGGUCAAGUCUCAAUAG